AAAAAAAUAUUUUAGCUCACGCAUUCAAGAGGGAGGAAGAGACUAGAGAGCACCCUAAUUCCUCAGUCGCUUCUCAAUCUAAUUUCAUUCAAUUUUUCAGCUCCUUGUAAAAUUCUAAAUCUCUGAAUCCCUAAUUCGGUAGAGAAGAUGAGUUUCGCGGCCUUCAAGAUGAUGCAUUGGCCGACCGGCGUCGAGAACUGCGCCUCCGGCUACAUCACUCACUCAAUCUUCGACACAACGCUACAUAUUCCGAUUGUUUCCGGCGAUGACCUCGAAGCUGACUGGCCUGCUCCCAAACGCGGCAUCGGCGCAGUGCCAAACGUCGUUAUAACCGCCGCAAACAUCCUUGAGGUGUACGUGGUUAGGGUUCAAGAGGAAAGAAAUAGUAGUCAGGAGCCGAGGAAUCCGAAGCUCGCUAAACGCGGUGGAGUCAUGGAUGGCGUCUCCGGUGUUUCUCUCGAGCUCGUGUGCCAUUACAGGUUGCACGGCAACGUCGAGUCAAUUGCGGUAUUGCCUAUGGGCGGCGGAAAUUCUUCUUCUAAGGGGAGAGAUUCGAUCGUACUGACGUUUCGCGACGCAAAAGUUUCGGUUCUUGAGUUUGAUGAUUCGAUUCAUGGCCUUCGAAUGAACUCGAUGCACUGUUUUGAGGGUCCAGAUUGGCUUCAUCUGAAAAGAGGAAGAGAGACUUUUGCAAGAGGCCCCUUGGUAAAAGUGGAUCCUCAAGGCAGAUGUGGCGGCGUUCUUGUUUACGGUUUGCAGAUGAUCAUACUCAAGGCUUCUCAGGCUGGUUCUGGACUAGAUGGAGAUGAUGAUCCGUUCAGUUCUGGAGGGACAGUUUCUGCUCGAGUUGAAUCAUCGUACAUAAUCAACUUGCGUGAUCUGGAAAUGAAACACGUCAAAGAUUUUGUUUUUCUACAUGGUUAUAUUGAGCCUGUAAUUGUCAUCCUUCAGGAAGAAGAGCAUACUUGGGCUGGGCGAAUUUCAUGGAAGCACCAUACUUGCAAGCUUUCCGCUCUUAGUAUCAAUACGACAUUAAAACAACACCCAGUCAUCUGGUCAGCUAUUUCAGCCUCUUGUGCUCUGGCACUGAACAAUUUUGCCUCCUCAGCUGAUAGCAGUCAAGAACUGCCUGCAUCGAAUUUCAGUGUGGAACUCGAUGCUGCCCAUGGAACCUGGAUAUCGAACGAUGUGGCCCUAUUGUCAUCAAAAUCUGGGGAAUUGUUACUGCUCACUCUUAUAUAUGAUGGGCGUGCUGUACAGAGACUUGAUCUAUCCAAAUCAAAAGCCUCUGUGCUUGCUUCGGACAUUACUACUGUUGGAAAUUCCCUUUUCUUUUUAGGUAGCCGGUUAGGAGACAGUUUACUGGUGCAAUUUUCCUGUAGAACUGGGCCUGCAGCAUCAUUACCUGGGUUGAGAGAUGAGGAUGAGGACAUUGAAGGUGAGGGUCAUCAAGCAAAACGUUUGCGGAUAUCUUCUGAUGCUUUUCAAGAUACAAUUGGAAAUGAGGAGCUUUCGUUGUUUGGUUCGACACUAAAUAACUCCGAUUCAGCACAGAAAUCGUUUUCGUUUGCAGUGAGAGAUUCACUAGUUAAUGUUGGUCCAGUGAAAGAUUUUGCGUACGGCUUAAGGAUAAAUGCUGAUGCAAACGCCACUGGGAUUUCGAAACAGAGCAAUUAUGAAUUGGUAUGCUGUUCUGGUCAUGGCAAGAAUGGUGCUGUUUGUGUUCUUCGGCAGUCAAUUCGACCGGAAAUGAUUACUGAGGUUGAACUUCCAGGAUGCAAAGGAAUAUGGACAGUUUAUCACAAGAGCGCCCGUGGUCAUAACGUUGAUUCUUCUAAAAUGGCCGCUGAUGAAGAUGAAUAUCAUGCCUAUUUGAUUAUUAGUUUGGAGGCUCGCACGAUGGUACUUGAAACCGCUGACCUUCUCACAGAAGUCACUGAGAGUGUGGACUAUUAUGUUCAGGGAAGAACAAUUGCUGCUGGAAAUUUAUUUGGAAGGCGUCGGGUAAUUCAGGUGUUUGAGCAUGGUGCCCGUAUCCUGGAUGGUUCUUUUAUGAAUCAAGAAUUAAUAUUUGGAGCUCCGAAUUCAGAAUCCAAUUCUGGUUCUGAAAGUUCCACUGUGUCAACUGUUUCAAUCGCUGAUCCAUAUGUUUUACUUAGAAUGACAGAUGACAGUAUUCGUCUGCUUGUUGGAGACCCUUCUACUUGCACAGUUUCCAUAAGUAGUCCAUCUAUACUUGAAGGCUCCAAAAGGAAGGUAUCGGCCUGUACAUUGUACCAUGAUAAAGGACCAGAACCAUGGCUAAGGAAAGCUAGCACUGAUGCAUGGCUUUCGUCAGGAGUUGGAGAGGCUGUUGAUAGUACUGAUGGUGGACCUCAUGAUCAGGGUGACAUAUACUGUGUUCUCUGUUACGAAAGUGGUGCCCUUGAGAUAUUUGAUGUGCCUAGUUUCAAUUGUGUUUUCUCCGUUGAUAAAUUUGCGUCUGGAAGAAGCCACCUCUCUGAUAUGCCGAUUAAUGAGUUAGAAUAUGAACUCAACAAAAACUCUGAGGAAAAUACUUCUGCAAGGAAUGAAGACACUACGAAAACAAAGGUCGUUGAAUUAGCUAUGCAAAGAUGGUCUGGGCAUCAUACACGCCCAUUUCUCUUUGCAGUAUUAGCUGAUGGCACAAUUCUUUGUUACCAUGCCUACCUAUUUGAGGGUGUUGAUGGUACCAAAGCAGAUAAUAGUGUAUCUUUAGAAAACUCUGUUGCUUUAAUUUCCUCCGGUAAUUCUAAGUUUAGGAAUCUGAAAUUUCUUCGCAUCCCCUUGGACACGUCUACAAGAGAGGAGACUUCAGAUGGAGUUGCAGCUCAAAGAAUUACCAUGUUCAAGAAUAUUAGCGGUCACCAGGGGUUUUUUCUUUCUGGCUCAAGGCCAGGAUGGUGUAUGUUGUUCAGAGAGCGACUUCGAUUUCAUUCACAGCUAUGCGAUGGACCAAUUGUGGCCUUUACUGUUCUUCACAAUGUGAAUUGCAAUCACGGGUUCAUAUAUGUCACAUCACAGGGAAUUUUGAAGAUUUGCCAAUUACCUUCAGCAUCAAUCUACGAUAAUUAUUGGCCAGUGCAAAAGAUUCCUUUGAAGGCCACGCCUCACCAAAUUACUUACUACGCGGAGAAGAACUUGUACCCGCUGAUAGUAUCAUAUCCGGUCAGCAAGCCAACGAAUCAAGUGAUUUCUUCACUAGUUGAUCAAGAAACUGGCCAGCAGAUUGACAACCAUAAUCUGAGCUCUGAUGAUCUCCAACGACCAUACACCAUAGAGGAAUUUGAAAUCCAAAUUUUGGAACCAGAAAGAUCUGGUGGCCCCUGGGAAACUAAAGCCACUAUUCCAAUGCAGAGCUCAGAACAUGCACUCACUGUGCGAGUUGUUUCACUUUUUAAUAAAAACACAUCUGAGAACGAAACACUUCUUGCUGUUGGAACUGCCUAUGUCCAGGGGGAGGAUGUUGCAGCAAGGGGCCGUGUGCUUCUUUUCUCAUUUGGAAGAAAUGGUGAUAAUUCUCAAAAUUUGGUUACUGAAGUCUACUCAAAGGAGCUAAAAGGUGCUAUAUCAGCUAUAGCUUCCAUUCAAGGUCAUCUUCUAAUAUCAUCUGGUCCUAAAAUCAACUUGCACAAGUGGGAUGGCACCGACUUAAGCGUUGCUGCCUUCUUUGAUGCUCCACCGCUCUAUGUAGUGAGCAUGAAUGUUGUGAAGAAUUUCAUCCUCCUUUGUGAUGUUCACAAGAGCAUAUACUUUCUUAGUUGGAGGGAUCCCUCGUUUACCUUACUAGCCAAAGAUUUCGGAUCCCUCGAUUGCUUUGCUUCAGAGUUUUUGAUUGAUGGAAGUUCUCUUAGCCUCGCUGUCUCGGAUGAGCAAAAAAAUGUCCAGGUUUUCUUUUAUGCGCCAAAGAUGUCGGAGAGCUGGAAAGGUCUGAAACUUCUUCCGAGGGCUGAGUUUCACGUCGGUGCGCACGUGACGAAGUUCCUACGUCUUCAGACCGUUGCAUCUUCGACCGCAGAUAACAAAAACCGCUACGCUUUGCUGUUUGCUACUCUAGACGGAAGUUUCGGCUGCAUUGCUCCGCUUGACGAGGUCGCGUUCCGUAGGUUACAGUCUCUGCAGAAAAAGCUAGUGGAUGCUGUUCCUCAUGUCGCGGGUCUGAAUCCACGCUCUUUCCGCCAGUUCCGGUCGAGUGGGAAGGCUCGACGACCUGGUCCUGACAACAUCAUCGACUGUGAGCUACUCUGCCAUUACGAGAUGCUUCCUUUGGAGGAACAGCUUGAACUCGCUCACCAGAUUGGGACAACACGAGCUCAGAUUUUCACGAAUCUUGUUGACCUCUCUGUCGGAACCAGCUUCUUGUGAAAGUCAAGAUCAUAAUGCGUUGUUCAUCUAUGGAAACAAAGAAGAGAAGAAAAAGGCAGUCUUUUGCUUCAUGUUGUACAGAUGUUGUAACUUGUGUGGUUUAACUAUCAUGAACUUUAAUGUUUUGUGGCAUUUAGAUUAUGUUACGUUUCUUAUCGACUCUCUUCAGUUUACUUUAGAUCUGGAAAGCAACUUAAGUACAACUUUCUUUAAAUUUAUUUGAGAAUUACAGAAUUCAGUUUAUCAAUGAAAACUUUCUUUACUUUGAAUGCUCAGUUUUAC